CCUCUCAACAGCCACAGGGGCAAAGCUCUGUCAUCCUUAGGAUCCAGUCAUCAGGGAACAGAACAGGGAGACCAGAAGAGGGCCAGCUGGAGCCAGGGGGUGGAGGCUCAGGAAACAGUCUCUGAAAGGGGCAGGGACCAGGCACAGGAGGCCAGGGGCCCAGAGAACAGACUCCCCUCAGAAGUACAGAAGAGGAGAGCGGAAGGAACUGAGGGAGGGACAGACAGGAGCCUGAGGAGGAAAGAGGAGGGGGAGAAGGGGUCAGGCCCAGCAGCCAAGGAGGAGGCGUGCAGCUGGGGGCUGCAGGCAGGAAGCUAGGGACAGAACUGGCUCCUCGGCAGAGUACUGUCUCCUGAAGCAGCGGCAUCCCCUGGAAGUGUAGUAUAGGCAUUAUUGGUCAGACCAAGAUGUGUCUCUAAGGGCAGCAAGGAACAUUUCACCAUGGCCCCCAGAGCCCUCUGGAGCUGCUAUCUCUGCUGUCUGCUGACCAUAGCCACGGAAGCUGCCAGCUACCCUCCUCGAGGUUACAGCCUCUACACAGGAGGCACUGGGGCCCUGAGUCCUGGGGGACCCCAGGCCCAGAACUCACCACGGCCUGCCAGCCGCCACAGGAACUGGUGUGCCUACGUGGUGACUCGGACAGUGAGCUGCGUCCUUGAGGAUGGAGUGGAGACCAUUGUCAAGCCAGACUAUCAACCCUGUGGCUGGGGCCAGCCCCACUGUUCCCGAAGUAUCAUGUACCGGAGCUUUCUUCGCCCUCGCUAUCGGGUGGCUUACAAGACAGUGACAGACAUGGAGUGGAGGUGCUGUCAGGGUUAUGGGGGCGAUGACUGUGGAGAGGGCCCUGCUUCUGUUCUGGGCCCCGCACCCUCCACACCACUUCCCCGGCCCAGGCCUGCGCGCCCCAACCUGUCUGGCUCCAGUGCCGGCAGCCACCUCAGUGGACUAGGAGGAGAAGGUCCUGUUGAGUCAGAGAAGGUGCAGCAGCUAGAGCAGCAGGUGAAGAGUCUGACCAAAGAGCUGCAAGGCCUUCGGGGUGUCCUGCAGGGGAUGAAUGGGCGCCUAGCAGAAGAUGUACAGCGAGCUGUGGACACAGCCUUUAAUGGAAGGCAGCAGCCAGCAGAUGCAGCUGCCCGCCCGGGCGUGCAUGAAACCCUCAGUGAGAUUCAGCAGCAGCUACAGCUCCUGGACAACCGUGUCUCCACCCAUGACCAGGAGCUGGGCCAUCUUAACAACCAUCAUAAUGGAGGCCCUGGUGGAGGUGGCAGGGCCUCAGCCCCUGUCCCAGUUCCUUCUGGCCCCAGUGAGGAACUGUUGAGGCAGCUGCAACGGCAGCUACAGGAGUCUUGCUCAGUGUGCCUGGCGGGGCUGGAUGGCUUCCGCCAGCAGCAGCAAGAGGAUAGGGAGCGGCUACGAACCCUGGAGAAGCUAAUGUCCUCUAUGGAGGAGAGGCAACAACAGCUUGUGGGACCUGCCAUGGCCAGGAGACCCCCCCAGGAAUGCUGCCCCCCAGAGCUGGGUCGACGAGUGUCAGAGCUGGAGCGGAGGCUAGAUGUAGUGGCUGGCUCACUGACAGUGCUAAGUGGACGCAGAGGUUCUGAGCUCGGAGGAGCAGCUGGGCAGGGGGGCCACCCCCCAGGCUACACCAGCUUGGCUUCCCGCCUUUCUCGCCUGGAGGACCGCUUCAACUCUACCCUAGGUCCCUCAGAGGAGCAAGAGAAAAACUGGCCUGGAGGACCAGGGAGGCUGGGCCACUGGUUGCCUGCUGCUCCAGGACGGCUAGAAAAGCUGGAGGGACUACUAGCCAAUGUGAGCAGGGAGCUGGGUGGCCGCAUGGAUCUGCUGGAAGAGCAGGUGGCAGGGGCUGUCCGGACUUGUGGGCAGAUCUGCUCUGGGGCGCCCGGGGAACAGGAUUCUCGGCUCAGUGAGAUCCUCGGUGCCUUGGAACGCAGGGUGCUGGACAGCGAGGGCCGGUUACAGCUGGUGGGCUCUGGCUUGCAUGAAGCAGAGGCAGCCCGGGAGGCUCAGCAGGCUGUGUUGGAGGGACUGCAAGGGCUCCUGAACCGGCUUCGGGAGCGCAUGGAUGCACAGGAGGAGACAGCAGCAGAACUCUUACUGCGCCUCAAUCUUACCGCAGCCCAGCUAAGCCAGCUGGAGGGCCUGCUGCAAGCCCGUGGGGAUGAGGGCUGUGGCACCUGUGGUGGUGUCCAGGAGGAGCUGGGCCGCCUUCGGGAUGGUGUGGAACGUUGCUCCUGCCCACUGUUACCUCCACGGGGCCCUGGAGCUGGCCCGGGGGUUGGGGGACCAAGCCGUGGGCCUCUGGACGGUUUCAGUGUGUUUGGGGGCAGUUCAGGCUCAGCCCUCCAGGCCCUUCAAGGAGAACUCUCUGAGGUUAUUCUCACCUUCAGCUCCCUGAACGACUCACUCCACGAGCUCCAGACCACUGUGGAGGGUCAGGGUGCCGAUCUGGCUGACCUGGGGGCCACCAAGGACAGCAUCAUCUCUGAAAUCAACAGGCUACAGCAGGAGGCCACGGAGCACGUCACAGAGAGCGAGGAGCGCUUCCGAGGCCUGGAGGAGGGCCAGGCACAGGCUGGCCAAUGCCCUAGCUUAGAGGGGCGAUUAGGCCGCCUUGAGGGAGUCUGCGAACGACUGGACACUGUGGCUGGGGGACUACAAGGCCUACGUGAAGGCCUCUCCAGACACGUGGCUGGGCUGUGGGCUGCAGUACGGGAAAACAACAGCACCAGCCUGACACAGGCCGCCCUGCUGGAGAAGCUGCUGGGGGGCCAGGCAGGCCUGGGCAGGCGGCUUGGUGCCCUCAACAAUUCCCUGAUGCUCCUGGAAGACCGUCUGCAGCAACUUAGCCUAAAGGACUUCACUGGACCUUCAGGCAAGGCUGGGCCCCCGGGGCCUCCUGGGCUACAAGGGCCUCCUGGGCUACAAGGGCCUUCAGGCCCUGCAGGACCUCCAGGACCUCCUGGCAAAGACGGACAACAGGGGGCCAUUGGCCCACCAGGUCCUCAAGGGGAGCAGGGAACAGAGGGAGCACCAGCAGUCCCCGUGCCUAGGGUAGCAUUUUCAGCUGCCCUGAGUUUGCCACGGUCAGAACCAGGCACAGUCCCCUUCGACAGAGUCUUGCUCAACGAUGGAGGCUACUAUGACCCUGAGACAGGUGUAUUCACUGCACCACUGGCUGGACGCUAUUUGCUGAGCGCUGUACUUACUGGGCACCGGCAUGAGAAAGUGGAAGCAGUAUUGUCACGCUCCAACCUGGGCGUGGCCCGCAUAGACUCGGGAGGCUAUGAACCCGAGGGACUGGAGAAUAAGCCUGUGGCCGAAAGUCAGCCCAGCCCAGGUGCUCUGGGCGUCUUCAGCCUCAUCCUGCCACUGCAGGUCGGAGACACUGUCUGCAUCGACCUGGUCAUGGGGCAGCUGGCACAUUCCGAGGAGCCGCUCACCAUCUUCAGCGGAGCCCUGCUCUACGAGGACACAGAGCUUGAACAGGUGUAGACAGGGUGGGCCCGACCACCAAACUUAUCUACAGGGGCCGCAGAGCCACCUGGAUGGUGGCUACCCACCAAGGCAAGGGCAAGUCUGGCGACCACGUCCCGCUGCGGUUCAGGCAUCCAAAUCGGUCACUCCGUACAUUGUGACUGCGUGGUCUCUGGGACCGAGGCAUCUCCUCUUGACUUUUGGCCUCACUGCCGUCCCCACCUGAGCCCUCUCCAGGACCCAAGCUGCGGAAGAGGAACCUACCCUCCAGGGCUCUCCCCAGUCCACACCACCGUACUAAACUAUUCAGGAAUAAAGACACUUUUUUUUCUACAAAA